AUCGCGUGUGAGGUCACUCCGCUCCCCUAUUUGCAUAUCCCCGCCCCCGGCCGCACGGGCCUUUCUGGGCCGGCGCCAUCUCUAUGGUCCGUCCACCCGUCGCCAUGGAAACGCGGCCUGGCCGGGAUCUCCAGCCCUUGGAGUCAGGGAAUCGUGGAAUCAUCAAUAUUGCACGAGAUCUUCAAGUUUAUCCAGUCCACCCGCCAGCCCAGUGCCACCACUGUUACGCCUAAGCCACUGAACCAUAUCACUCAGUGCCAGAUUUGGAGGCCUCCUGAAAACCUCCAGGGAUGGCAACUCCACCACCUGGGCAACCAAUUACAAUGCCUGACCACUGGAACAGCGGAAAAAAAAAAUCUGAUAUUUAAUCUGUAUCGCCACUUUCCCAGUUUGUGGCCAUUUUCUCUGUCCCUGCCACUGUAGAGGAGACCAGCCUCCACCUCAUUGCAACCUCCUAUUUUGUAAAGUUUGUAAAGAGCAAUGAGAUCCCCCCUGAGCCUCCUCUUGUCCAAAGAGCAUAUGCCAAAUUGAAGAAUGACAUAGUGGAAACAAAAAUAUAUACCUGGCUGCUUGAGCAGGGGUGAGGAUAAUGAGUCAUGGGAGGACAUUGCUUCAUGCCCUGGAGGAUGCUUGGAUAUCUGGCAAGGGCAGGCUAGGAGCAGAUUCAGCUGUAGGUCAGAGUUGCUCAAGCUUUUGAAACUCAGCAACUGCUCUAGAGAAGGGUCUUCUGUGUGAAACCCCAGGCUCCUGUACAAUGUACCAGUCCAGCUUUGUGCCACGGGAAUAUUACCCAGCCAUGAUCCCACCUUCUGCCUACACCUACCCCCCGCUGCGGCCUGGGAGAGCAGAAGACGUGCCCAGCUCUGUGACGUUCCCUCCCAUCCGCAUGCACAACCUCUACAGCCGCCCCAUCACCUUUGUGGUGGACCGGAACAGCUACCCUGACUAUGUGGGAGGGCAGGUGGAGUAUCAUCAUCUCUACAGUGCCUCCAAUCCCUAUAUCCAUCCAUACCACCCCUGGCACUUCGCUCCCAUGCUCCCUAUCCCUCUCUACAAUCCCUAUGCAAGCUACCAUCCCUAUGCUGCCUGCCAGAGAUCAGAUCAGUAUCAAGACACGUGGCCUGAAGGCUUCACAAUGAGAGGGGAGCUUCAAUGGGGGAAGCUUGGAAAGGUGUUUGGGCCAAGGAAAGACCUCCCAGAAUUUGUGAAGGAUGAUCUCCGGAGGGUUUAUGGCACCUACCCCCGGACCAGUGUUUCCAUAUCCUAUCGGAAAGGAGAGUUCUUGGUCAAGGGAGACCCCAAGACAGAAGACCAGGAAUAUGGAGUGGAGAAAAAGGUUAUCCAGCAGGCUGUGACCCCCAGUGCCAGUGAGGCAGAUGACAGCAGUGAGGACCGGAACCGUAAAAAGAAAAAGAAACUGAGACGCUGAGGUAGUCAGAUACCCAGUGGACUGAUGCUCCAGUACCCUCAUGGGAGCCAGCUGGCAGCUCUUUUGGUGUGGUUGGCAAUUAACACAAGCAAUGGGUGCCACCAUUCCUGUUGGUUUCUUUUAGUUGCUCCCCAUUCUCUACAAUCUUGUGUCAGAUCUACUCUUUUUGAUGCACAAUGCCCAUCUGUGGAGAAACCACAUGACACUUGACUCUUGAUCAGUUCAUUGGUCCUGGUUUUGAAACAAACACUUGAUUUACACUGGUUUGAUUGACUGGUCACAGCUUGGUAGGGCAUCUCCAAACUGCAGCCCUUGAUCAGAGAAGAUGGGCCUCUUCUUACCUUGUCCAAGGGAAGGGCCUGUAAGCUGGUUCUCUUCCUGGAGAGAUAAAAACUGAAUUUCCUUCAGGCUGAGGGUAGUGCAGGGGUUCUUGAACACUUUAAAGAGCAAUUGUCUGCUUGUCACUGCUGUUUGACCGUAUCAUUGUACUUUAUCACUACGUGAGGCCUGUAUGCAGCACUUCCCUACACUCUGGUGUCCCUAUCUUCUUACACUUGUUAACAUGGUGCUCAGUACUCCUGGCCACAUGUCUGUACUGAAACUGCUGCUGAGGCCUUGCUCUGGGUCUGACUUGGCUCUAGUUGGAGGUGCUGGCCCUCCAAUGAGGUUACUGGUGUUGUGUGAACCACAACACACCCAUAGCUUGGUGGUUGUACCGGAAGGGCUGUGCUGAAAGCCUGGAGGACUGUGAGGGGAGUGAGUCUUACUUGCAAACUUCUGUACCUUUUAAAUUACUAUAAAAAAUAAAAGAAACCUCAAAUGCAAAUACUUAUUUUUGAGCUUUAACUACCUAACAUCAGUCUCUUUUGUGAACCACUUGCAAUCAGAUCUGGC